ACGUAAUAACAGUUGACGAAACUCCUAUAUCGUCAGCUGAGUAGUUUAGAAUAAUAAUAUUUAUUAUCUACAUUUCGAACGAUAUUAUUAGUUACAGUAAAGAAUCGCUGUAAUAAAUUACACGUUCGCACUUCUAUUCGAUAAAAGAGUUAAAACAAAAUGGCCGAUUUGGAUGCGAAAGUGGCCGAAUGGCUGAAAUGGGACAAAAACGAGGCCACCUCGGCGGCCCUGCAGGCCCUCCUGGCCGAACAGAAAUUCGACGAAGUCGAAAGGAUACUUUGCAACAGGAUAUCCUUCGGCACGGCCGGUUUGAGGGGCAAAAUGGCCGUCGGAUACUCCAACAUGAACGAUCUGGUCAUCAUCCAAACCGCCCAGGGUUUUCUCAAAUAUCUCGUCCACACCGACGAGGAUCUUUUGAAAAGAAACGGCAUCGUCGUAGGAUACGAUGGUAGACAUAACAGCAAAAGAUGGGCCGAACUGACAGCCACGGUCUUCGUCAACGCCGGCUAUCCAGUCAAACUAUUCGACGACGUCGUCCCGACGCCCUUCGUACCCUUCAGCAUCCUGCGAUACGGUUGCGCCAGCGGCAUCGUAGUCACAGCUUCGCACAAUCCCAAAGACGAUAACGGCUACAAAGUGUACGGACCGAACGGGGCGCAGAUUUGCUCGCCGGUGGACAAACACGUGCAAAAGUCCAUUUUGGAGAAUCUGAAACCGUUGGACAGCUCUUGGGAUGUUACAGUGCUGGUGAACAAUCCGCUGGUGUCGAAUCCCAUCGAGGAAAUAACGUCCUGUUACCUGGACUACAUCGACAACGAAGUACCGGAGUCGUGUAAAGAAACGAACAAACGAGCCGACGUGGCCUUCACUUAUACAGCAAUGCACGGAGUUGGUUACAAAUACGUGCGGAAAGCGUGCGAUCGUAUAAACGUCAGGAUAUCGGCCGUACCGCAACAGAGAGAUCCCCAUCCGGAUUUUCCUACAGUCACAUUCCCUAACCCAGAAGAAGGUAAAAGCAGCUUGGAAUUAUCCUUCAAGCACGCCGAUGAAACCAACAGUCGAAUAAUCCUGGCGAACGAUCCAGACGCCGAUAGAUUCGCAAUGGCGGAGAAACACCCCAGCACCGGAACCUGGAAGAUCUUCACUGGAAACGAACUGGCCGCUUUAUUCGCAUGGUGGACGUUGCGCUGCUUCAAACAAAGACACCAGCACAUCCCGCUUAGUAAAGUCUACAUGAUUUCCAGUACGGUGAGCUCGAUGAUAUGCAAAACCAUGAGCCAAAUCGAAGGGUUCAAUUACAUCGAUACUCUCACCGGUUUCAAAUGGAUCGCUAACAAAGCGCUGGAUCUGGAAAAGGACGGCAAUAAGGUGAUAUUCGCGUUCGAAGAAGCCAUCGGGUUCAUGUGUUCGACGCGCGUGCUGGACAAGGACGGGAUAUCGGCGCUUGCGCAAAUGGCCACGAUGGUGUCCUUCGUUUACGAGGAGGGCAAAACGAUGGGCCAGCAAUUGGAGGAUAUUUACUCGAAAUACGGGUACCACGUGACGUUGAAUUCGUACUACAUUUGCCACGAACCGGCUGUUAUCAGGAGGAUUUUCGAGAGGAUUCGGAAUUACAAAGGCGAUAAAACGUAUCCCGAAUCGAUUUUGAAUGGGAAAUACACGAUAAGAAACGUAAGAGAUUUAACUACAGGUUAUGAUGAUAAUAGACCGGACAAGAAGGCCGUGUUACCAGUCUCUUCGAGCAGUCAAAUGAUCACUUUUAAUUUCGAUAACGGUUUCGUUUGUACGUUGAGAACCAGCGGAACGGAGCCCAAGAUUAAAUAUUACACGGAAAUGUGCGCUUCGCCGGAAAUGAAAAACGUAGACGAACUAUCAUCGAUCGUCGAAGAAAUGGUACGGGGCAUUUGCCACGAAUUAUUAGAGCCUCACAAAAACAACCUCAAAUCCCAAGCAGCCUAAAUGUUUGUAAGAAUAAAUCGUCUUAAAAUGUAUACCAACAAAACCGAUUAAAUAUACACCAGGUCUAAGUAA